AUUUCGUUCCAUCUUGUGAAAAAGCGAACCAGUGGAUCAGUAUUACGGUACUGUUGACAGUAGGCCUUCGAGGCUUGAUGGUUCUCACCUAGUAUUUAACUGUCUGUCAGCGACUGACGGUGCUGGAACUAACUAGCCCUCUGCCUGUGGACUAAGCGGGAUCUCGCGAGAGCGGUGGCGUGGCUGGCUGGCAGUAGGGUUGCAGUAGACAGAGGGAGAAGGCAGGCAGCAUCAUGGCGGACAGAGACAGUGGAAGUGAGCAGGGAGGAGCAGCCACGGGCCCGGGUGUCGGUUCCAUGCACCCAGUGACAGGAGGGGCGGGCUCGGCUUCCGGGCUGCAGCACGAGACGCAAGAGCUCGCUUCGAAACGGGUUGACAUUCAGAACAAACGUUUCUAUCUGGACGUAAAACAGAAUGCGAAGGGCCGCUUCUUGAAGAUAGCUGAAGUCGGGGCUGGGGGAAACAAGAGCCGCCUCACUCUCUCUAUGUCAGUUGCUGUCGAGUUCCGUGACUACCUGGGGGAUUUCAUCGAACAUUAUGCCCAAUUGGGUCCUAGUAAUCCGGACUUGGUGCAGGAUGAACCGCGUCGCGCGUUGAAGAGCGAGUUCCUGGUGAGAGAAAAUCGGAAAUACUACAUGGACCUGAAAGAGAAUCAGAGAGGCCGGUUCCUAAGAAUUCGACAAACGGUGAACCGGGGGCCCGGAUUGGGAUCCACGCAAGGCCAGACGAUCGCUCUUCCUGCCCAGGGACUUAUUGAGUUUCGUGACGCUUUGGCCAAACUCAUUGAUGACUAUGGAGUUGAGGACGAACCCGCAGAGUUGCCAGAGGGUACAUCUUUGACUGUGGACAACAAACGGUUCUUCUUCGACGUGGGCUCGAAUAAGUAUGGAGUGUUUAUGAGGGUAAGCGAGGUGAAACCUACCUACCGCAACUCUAUCACGGUGCCCUACAAAGUGUGGUCCAAAUUCGGAAACACUUUUUGUAAAUAUGCCGAGGAGAUGAAAAAGAUUCAGGAGAAACAGCGAGAGAAGAGGGCAAGUGAGCUACAACAACAGCAAGAAGAAAUGCAUGCCGACGAUGGAGACGAGGAUUGAUAAAUAGAGAGAAAACAUGCAAAAUUAAUCAAAAUAACAAGAGAAAUUAUAAUUAAAACUUUACUGUAAAAAGAAAGAAACCUAAAGAUUUAACUGUAACUGUUUAACUCCAAGGGAGCACCACCCACAAAAAUCAAACCUCCACAGACUGACAGUUGCGACUAUAUGUCACCCAUCGCUGGAUGUUACCCACGUAAUCCACCAUUAAUACAGUAAGCGGCUGCUAAACAAAGUAAUAACAUUAUAUAUGAACCGUGUUUCCUACUUGAUUACAGAUGAUAAAGAACUUGAGUGUUUAUUUCCCUUAUUAACCAAGAACUUUUGUACACGUUCAAGGUGUUUGCAAUGUUCAAAUAGAAUUGUUGCCGAGAUACGAGAAACAAGACCUUUUCUUGUGAGCUAAUGACUUCAGCACAAAUCAGACAUGUUAGUUUUACUGUCUUUCUUCUCUUUUUGUUCCUUUUUUGAACCAAAACGUAAAACCAUUUUAAGAAGGUUGUCAUGUCUACCACCACAUAUGUUUCACGUGAGGGCUAGGGGUGAAAAUGUCAUGCAAACAUUCUGCCUGUCAUAGGUACCACAGGCAAUCCAUGGAAGGGAUCAAGUGCUGUUUGCAAUAUACAUUGCAUCGAUAUCGUACACAUAUUGGACUGGUUGGUGGAUCUGAAAAUGAAGACCUUUAUAAAAGGCAUAUUAAUAUUAUUAAUGUAUUUUUUUAUUGAAUUUAGUCAUGCAGAUCAUUAUUCUAUAUCUUCGUGUCUCGUUGUCAUGCAAUGUGUAUGGAAAAGGCACCUGACUUUUAAGGAAGUACAGUGACUACAUGCAGCAAUGACAUGAGUGCUUAACAUAUUUGUAAUAUAGAAUUUUCAACCCUACUUCUUUAAGGCCCCUAAAAUGUACAGGAUCUUACAAGUGCUAAUGUAAAAAAAAAAAAAAAAGGCAAAGUAUGAUUUUGUGAAUCAGAAGUAUUUCUGUGCUUAUGGAAAAGAAAAAAAACAACCCGCGUUUUCAGUGGGAAGAAUUUGACAAACAAUCUGUAAAAGUAUUUAAAAUAUCUCUAUCUCUAUCUCUCUCUAUAUAGAUAUAUAUAUAUAUGUAUAUAUAUAUAUAUAAAAUAUAUAUGUAUAUACACAUCUAUAUGUAUACAGAUAUAGAUCUGUAUAUAGAUAUAUAAGCAUAUGUGUGUGUGGCUGUGUGAGUUUGUGUGUGUGUCAGAUUGCGUGACGUGUGUAACAAUCCACCAAUGAGAGAGUGAGUGGUACGGAAGAAUGCUGUUGCUGCAUGUGAACCUGUACACAGCUGCAUUGAGAUGGACAUCUCAAUGACAGUCCUCAAGGACCCUGCAAUGAGGUGGUUUUCAAUUAUAAUUAGACUGUUAGACUGUCUUGUCCAGCUCACCAAAUCUUUGACUACCAUAGCGGAUUUGAACCUAUUUGACUCUGACUGUGGGGGCCAUCGUACCUCAGAUGGUAUGUACCAAGGCAGUGACUGGACUCUUAAUUUUUCAACGCUAGUGCCGAGGUCAGUCUAGCAGCAAGUUUAUGAUGAAAGGGAAACCCUGACUCGAGGAGGUCCUUGAGAACCUGUGUUGGGUGCCACUGGCAUUGAAGAUACUUGUUGAGGAGCAUACUCUUCAGCAUUUAAACAACCUGGUGCCUUACACGCUCAACAUGCUUACACGCUGGCUGGUGCUUUGGAUUGCAGUUUGGGUUCAUGUCUUUGAUUAUUUCCUUAAUCUUCUCAAUAUGUGAUUUUUUUUUUCUGUUAAGUCUUUGUCCCUCCCCUUCCCUUCCCUUAGUUGUGACCACACAACUAGUGAUACCCACUGGUUCCCCAGGAGAAUAUGGAAAAUGGGUUGAAGUCAAAGCGAUUUCCCCGUUGACCUAUUUCCCUGACCUACCCAAUCAUCCAGGCAUCGGCCUACAUGUAAACAUGAGAGGGGGUGUUCACCCGGACAGUAGUGCACGAGAGCUAGUUCUUCACCUGCUAAGCCUAGGCCAGUGACAUAACCGCAAAAGGUGGUAGGCAGUGCCACUUUGAACUGGAUUGGGAUUUAAACACCUGCGCUUCCCCCGUGUAAGGUUUCUGUGAUGCUAUGGCUUGGACAGUAAUGUGUCAUUUUGUCAGAAUUGUAAGACCUCUUUAAGAGGUAUAGUCAGCAUGUCUAAUUUUCUUUUCUAACGUUGAAACAUUAUUCCACAUUAUUUGUCAUUUUUGAACAUUUUGGCUCACAAGUUUUUUUUUUUUUUCUUCUUCGUCUUUCUUUCCAGUGCUAUAUUUCAUUACUGUGUGCAAUAUCGUAUGUGCCAAUUGUGGCAAUAUAUGUAUAUCAAUUAAAUAUAAGAUUAAUAUUUGAAA